AUGGCUUCCAUUGUCGACACUCUGCCUUACGACCUAAUCGCAACCAUAGUGGAUUUCGUUGCAGAAGAGGACGAAAACGACAAGAAAACCCUCAAAGCAUGCUCACUGACUUGCAGAACCUUCCUUCCUCCCUGUCAAAAAAUUAUAUUUCGUUGCAUCAAGCUCACAGACUUCAGAUUGGCGGCCAGGCUGACCCACCGAUUUGCUAGAACUAUCGAGAAAUCUCCUUGGCUCGCUGACUAUGUUCGACAAUUCGAAUGGCUAGUGAUGAAAGAUCACUUCAACCCCUCAUCUUCAGUGCCAACCGCCUUUAAGCACCUCACCAAGCUUGAAGUUCUUACCCUUGACCACCAACUUGUUGCACCCUUCCGGCUUGGGGUAGGAUCUGAUUGGAGACGUCUUCCAGAGUCCAUGAAAUGCACCUUGCUUCACUUGAUGCAACUUCCGACCAUUAUUUCAUUGACUCUACCAUCUCAAGGACAUGGCUUCAAUCUUUUCGAACUGAGCCCAUGCAUCAAUCUGAAAAAUCUAUAUAUGCUCGCAACAUCUUUGGGCCACCAAAACGAGAUUUCUCUAUGCCACCGUGCGAGGCCAAUCCGACUUCAGCAACUACAAUUACAUGCUUCAGCCACUCCUAUAAUUGUCCCAAUGUUGCGAAAGAGUUCCCAUCAUUCAACCCGCCUUCCCUUCCUUGAUUUUACAGAGCUCAAGACACUCACUUUGGUUCUAGACAAGAAUGCGUUUGAAGAAACGACAGGAAGGUUUCUCCGUUGCGCAUAUAACUUGGAAAUUUUGAAUCUGCUUCUCUACAUGCCGGAUGUUACUGCACAAACUCUCGGUUUGCUAUUAUUUGCAAACAUAUCAACAGUGAAAUCCUUGACCCUAUUCAUAUCCCUGAAUGACUCUUUCGAUGUCUUAUAUAGCUUUUCCAAAAUGCUUGAGGAACUCUCCAAAGAAUCCAACUGUCUACGAAAUCUCACCAUUCACUUUCGACUUUUCCAAGGCUUUACACUUGGAUACGAUACUUUCGUGAUUGGUGGCCAUUGGGGCUUGCUGGAGGAUUCCCUUCUAUCGCCCGGCUGGUCAUCGCUAGAAGAAGUCGACAUCAAAGUCGCGAUAAAGAACCUUCGUCCUGAACAACUACCGGAGGCACUCGAAGAGCUUAAUUUACUUCCUGAAUCAGACCUUCGUGGACUCUCAUCAACAAAAUCGUUCAAUUUUAAGUUCGCGGUUUCUGUAUCGCAGUCUGACGCUGCAAACUGGAGAAGCCCAGAAGUAACCCACACUACCAGUAGUAUGGCCAGGGCAGCGUUCCAACAGCGAGCUCCUCGGGCACAAGCCAGAAGAGAAACUGCCGAUGAACUUCUGGAGGAACUCAUUGAUGAUGUUGAGUCAACGGAUGCAGAGCAGCGUCACGAAAAUCAAAGCGUCAGGCCGAUUCUGCCCAUAGGCCACGAGAUAUCACUGGAGUUGGUGGGAGUUAUUCUGAAGCACAUCGAUGACAAGCCCUUUCUUUUACGAAGUCGUUUGAUUUCUCGGAAGUUCAAGUCUGCCGCCGACCCCUUCGCCUUUAGAACGCUGACAGUCUCUCGAACCCAACAAAGCCGCGAAGGAUUUCAAAACUUAAUCGCGUCGCCUCAACUUGCUGCUUUUGUCCAGCAAAUCAUUUUCGUAACGUCUGGGAAAGGUGCUCGCACUGAUGACGCUAUUAACGAAGGUGUCCUGUCUGACCUUGAAUGUAUCCCAAAAUUUCCCAGCGUCAAUGCCUUGCAACUACGUUUCCUUGGCACCUGGAGUGAAGAUGAGGACGAACCAGACGAAAUGUCUCCCGCCAGGCAACUUCAAAUUGCUGCUAUCAGGACACUCUCCACUCUCCACUCUCAACAGGGUCUUCGUCUGCAAAGCCUGGAAAUUCACAACCUCAUAACUCGCACUAACGAAAGCAUACUGACGGACGAAUUCAAAUCUCUUCUAGAAACCCUUACAAGCCUCACCAUCUCCCUUCUGACAAACGACUCGGAACUGUUCUACCAUAGCGAUGAGGAUUACUGCCAAUUCUGGGAUCGCGAUAUGACAACCAUGCUGAAUGCCGCCAGAAAUUUAGCAUCACUGACUCUUGUCAGCGACAUCAAGACGUUUUGCGAUUGGGACAAAUUUGUUACAUUCCUGAAACUUGAAAGUCUGACUCUCGAAAAUUUUGUCUUUGGAGAACUGUUCAGCCCCGAGCCGUUCAUACUACGCCAUAAAGAAACUCUUCUCCAUCUUGAAUUGUUAUCGUGUUGGAACCAACCCGACUCGGGCCUAAUCUCUGCUACUGAGCCCAGAGCUUGGGCUGACAUCUUCAAGCGGUUCGAGGAAGAGUUGAUUGGACUUUUAACAUUCUCCUUUAAUCCGCUUCCCGGUAUAGAGGAGGGCACAGAAGACCACCCACAGUGGCACGGGUACGUCUAUGCUGAUACUGAGGGAAGCGAGGGGGGCUACAAGAACUUCUUCAAUGAGAAGCCACUACCUCAGGCUGGAGAAGGCGAUAUAUCUGCUUUUAGAUCGUUCCAAGAGGUUAUCGCCAAAAGAACAGAGUGA